AUGGCGGCGAAUACGAGUAGAGCGUUGUUUUGGUGCGGUAACUAAGCCAAGUAGUGAUUUAUCCUGCAAGUGAAAAAGGUCAUAACGACUGUUGCAUCUCCAAUAGGUUUCGAGACAACUCAAAAUCAGAAAAUAAGUCUCAAUAAUCCACUCAUCGAGGGACACACAGGAGAACAUUGAGUUUGAAUUGGCGUCAAAAGAUGGGGAGAAAUGGUGAGAUCGACGAGUAUUGGUGACCUAAGGGUCCUUUUGGCCGAUGAUUUAUGUGACAAUACGAUAAACAUGGAAACCCGUGGCCGUAGCAAACGGUUACGCGGUGUUGUGGGAAUUUGCGUACUUCUGGCACUCACUGGUAUCAUUUAUUUUGGAUAUUUUUGUCCCGAUCAUGUAUGUGCAUUGACCAAUCGUGAUGUCAAAGAAUCAACGAGAAUUGCUGAGGGUCUCGUCCAGGGAAACACCAUCCUGACGACACUUGGUACUCUUGACAAUGAGAAAAAUUCUAUUGUUAAUGUACAUCCGCUGUUUAAACUACAAAGUGUACAAGGCAGUCUCGGGUACGAGGAUAUAUUCAAUAAUGACACUUUUCAGUUUGAUGUCAAUGCUAAUGAUGUUAUGGUAUUUCUUCAUAUACAAAAAACUGGAGGAACACUAUUUGGGAAACACCUAGUACGUGACUUGGAUCUGCAGCGUCCAUGCUCAUGUCAGCGUCGUAAAAAACGUUGCUACUGUUUUCGUCCCAAUAGAGAUGAACAUUGGUUAUUUUCACGUUACUCAACCGGUUGGAAAUGCGGAUUACACGCUGAUUGGACAGAAUUGACAAAUUGCGUUGAUAGUGAAUUGAAUAAAAUCGAGAGUGAUACAAUAAAACGACGUUAUUUUUACAUAACGAUAAUACGUGAUCCUGUGGCACGCUAUUUAUCAGAAUUUCGACAUGUACAGAGAGGGGCUACAUGGAAAGGUGCUAGACACUGGUGUGGUGGGGCGCUAGGGAAUAUUCUCUCGUGCUAUAAUGGUCCUAAUUGGCAGGGGGUGACUCUGGAGGAGUUCAUGGCGUGUCCGACAAAUUUAGCCAGCAAUAGGCAGACGAGGAUGCUAGCUGAUUUAUCAUUAAUUGGAUGCUACAAUUCAUCAUUAUCAAAUGCAGAGCGCGAUUAUAUAAUGCUGGAGAGUGCUAAACGCAAUCUGCAGUUCAUGCCCUUUUUUAUGCUGACUGAAUACCAAAAAGUGGGUCAAUACUCGUUCGAAGAAACAUUUGGUAUGCGUUUUGCGGUUGCAUUUGAACAGCACAAUGCAACCCAAAGUGCUGCUACAAUGGCAACGCUCACGUCUCGACAAUUGGACGAGGUAAAAAAGUUGAAUAAACUCGAUUUACAAUUGUACGAAUUUGCUAAGGAUUUAGCGAUGCAAAGAUUUCGUCGACUGCGGGAUAAAGAUCCUUCAUUCGUGCAGCGUUUUCAGCAUCUCGGUGAGUUACCAUCACGACAAAGUGCCACUGAAUUCAACUGGGAUUCGGUUAUCGAAGAUACGACUGAUAAUGAUUGAUAAAUCAUUUUUAACUAUUGUUUUUAUUUGUUUUAUUUUUUGAAUGAGGAGAGAGUGAAUGGUUUGCAACUCAGGGAAUUUUCCCACGCAGCUCAGAUUUUUUUUCAUCGUUCAUUCAUUUUAUUGAAUACCAAAGAGAUUUUUUUUCGGUAAUAAUGGGUGAUAUCAGUCAAUAAUAUUUGUAGUAAUCGACUGGAGAAGAAUGAUUUUCAAUUAUCAAUCAGUUACUGAUAUUACUCGAGCAAAACUCAUUGGAAGUAGACGUGAAAUCUGUAGAGAAGUGAUAGCAAUCGCUUUAUUUCUAUCACUUCGCUACUAAAACUGAUUAUGAACAUUAAUUAUCAAUAUUUGAUCUUCCUUAUACGCAUACUUUGUUACAUAUCUUUGAUUUUAAUCAAUUCAUCAAUGUCCGGUGAUUCAUUUUAAUAAGGAUAAUUAUUAUAAGUUAUUAUAAGAAUGUCGAGCUUGUUGAGGGCAGGUCCAAUGUCGAGUUUAAAGCACAAAAUGUAGAGAAGGAAAAGAAAUAAUUGAAAUUUUAUGAAAAUUGAAUGAUGUUGUCCAACGAACACAACAACACAACAUAUUUGAACUAGCGACAUAUCGUUUUUUUCUACUGCAUUGAAAUUGAAAUUAAUAUGAGCUAUACACAUUUUUAUAUAUCUCAUAUCAUUUUGAAUUAAGAUUUUUUGCGUUUAGUGUUAAAUUAAAAUAAAAAUUUAUCGAUAACUGCCAAGGGUAUUAGCAGAAAUUAAAUGAUGGUAACGA